GCGCGGCGGGCGCUGCCCGUGGGCCGGGCCCGGGCUUCAGGCGUGCCGGGAGCCGAACCAUGCCCAGGAGUUGGACCUAGAGUUGGGAGCCCAGGCAUCCAGGGACGUCCACUAGUCACCAGCAGUGACCUUGUCCACCCACAUUACCUCUCAGGGGCCAGCAAGCCAAGGAGCAAAUGAGUUUGUGUGGAAGAGGAGAAAUCACAUUCUAUAAGGAUUCACUCUCCAGGCAGGCAUGCCCCGGACCCUGAGCACCUCCGACAUGGUCACCCCAGGCAGACUCAGCCCACCCCCUACAGAGCCCACCGAUGUCGAGCAGGCUGGGCAGCCCUUCCUGGAUGGAGCACCAUCCUCAGCCUCUCUGGACACCCUGAUUCAGCAUCUGGUACCCACAGCUGACUACUACCCAGAGAAAGCUUAUAUCUUCACCUUCCUACUGAGCUCUCGCCUCUUCAUCGAGCCUCGGGAGCUCCUGGCCAGGGUCUGCCACCUCUGUAUUGAACAGCAGCAGCUGGACAAACCAGUACUGGACAAGGCCCGUGUUCGGAAGUUUGGCCCCAAACUGCUCCAACUACUGGCCGAGUGGACAGAGACCUUCCCGCGGGACUUCCAGGAGGAGUCGGCCAUCGGGCAUCUGAAAGAUGUGGUGGGCCGCAUAGCCCCCUGUGAUGAGGCCUACCGGAAGAGGAUGCAUCAGCUCCUGCAGGCCCUACACCAGAAGCUUGCAGCUUUGGGCCAGGGAUCUGAAGGCUUCAUGGGUGCUGACAAGCCCAUCUCCUACAGAACCAAGCCACCGGCCUCCAUCCAUAGGGAGCUCCUUGGCAUCUGUAGUGAUCCCUACACGCUGGCCCAGCAGCUGACCCACGUGGAGCUGGAACGACUGCGACACAUCGGACCUGAGGAGUUUGUCCAGGCUUUUGUGAACAAGGACCCUCUGGCCAGUACAAAGCCCUGUUUCAAUGACAAGACUAACAACCUGGAGGCUUAUGUGAAAUGGUUCAACAGGCUGUGCUACCUUGUGGCAACUGAGAUCUGCAUGCCAGCCAAGAAGAAGCAGAGGGCCCAGGUGAUCGAGUUCUUCAUUGACGUGGCCCGAGAGUGCUUCAACAUUGGCAACUUCAACUCCCUGAUGGCCAUUAUAUCUGGCAUGAACAUGAGCCCUGUCUCCAGACUGAAGAAGACUUGGGCCAAAGUGAAGACAGCCAAGUUUUUUAUCCUGGAGCACCAGAUGGACCCAACAGGGAAUUUCUGCAACUACAGGACAGCCUUGCGAGGGGCAGCCCACCGCUCCCUGACUGCCCACAGCAGCCGGGAGAAGAUCGUCAUUCCCUUCUUCAGCCUACUCAUCAAAGACAUCUAUUUCCUGAAUGAGGGAUGUGCCAACCGCCUUCCCAAUGGACAUGUCAACUUUGAGAAAUUUCUGGAACUGGCCAAGCAGGUUGGAGAGUUCAUCACAUGGAAACAAGUGGAAUGUCCUUUCGAGCAAGACCCCAGCAUCACCCAUUACCUGUACACUGCUCCCAUCUUCAGCGAAGACGGUCUUUAUUUGGCUUCUUAUGAAAGUGAGAGCCCAGAGAACCAAACAGAAAAAGAAAGGUGGAAAUCUCUAAGAUCUUCUAUUUUGGGGAAGACAUGAGAAGCCCAGAGCUGAAGGAGGAGGAAGAGAUGGAGCCAGCAGAGGCCAUCCACAGCCCCGCCUCAAAUGGCCCAGUUGGCGGAGGCAGAAGCAGGGCCUCACUACUUUGCAAAUCAAGACCUUGUGGCCUGGUACCCACCACAAUAGCUGCAUGGGUACAGGAAACCUACUGUGGGACUGCAUCCCUGGCAGACUAGACAGGGCCCCCAGACACAUGGGUGGCAUACGCCUUGGUGACUACCUGCCUUAAGGACGGUGGAGGCCACAUUGCCAGUCAGUCUGUCCAUCCUGGACAAGGACAUGGUGCUACUCCCAGAGAAUUGAGCAACUGCAAUCGCAUUAUCUUACUAAGUGACAUGCACCACAGAAGUCCACACAGUUUGUCACCAGUUGGUUGAGAGUCUCUGGAACUAUAGCAGGCAUCAUGACAUGAUGUGAAAUAAGUCUAUACCAGCUCAGAGCCGACCAGCGGCCCCUGCCAUUCUGCUGACAGACUGCUACCCUGUCCCUCCCAAUGGGCUUGUCUCUGCAGCCCCAUGCACCCUUCCCUUUCUGGAUCCUGCUGAUAUCAGGAUAACUUUCUGGUGACGGCUGUGAAACAGUUCAGCAGGACACACGUGGAUCACAAAGUUGACAAUGUGAACAUUACAAUCCUGUUGCAUAGCUCCCUUGUAAACUUUAGAGUUGGUAUAAACACAUGUUCAUAAAUCCUGGAUAUCCACGUCCA